AUGAAGCUAUCGAGUGUGCAAUGUAUAGCACUAUGCACCAGCAUACCGUUCAUAUCCAGUCUUAUCACCGCACAAACGGUAGUGAACACUCAAACACACACACACGAACCUUUAUACUUUGAUAGCAAUGGCACGUUUAAAAUACUACAGCUGGCAGAUCUACACUUUGGCGAGAACGCGUGGGAAGAAUGGGGCCCUGAACAGGAUCUCAAGUCCAUUAAUAGCAUGAGGGCCGUGUUGGCGUUAGAGUCUCCCAGUUUCGUAGUGUUCAGCGGAGAUCAGAUUACCGAUAACAACAUCAUCUCGAAUCAAACCUUGUACUGGGAGAUGGCGGUGAUGGUAUGCGUCGAGAUGAAUAUUCCGUGGGCAAUGGUAU